CGCCACGGAAGGAAAGUCUAUUCCAUCCCACGCGCUCAUGUUCCCAAUCCGCUCCACACUCUUUUUCUGUUUUAGCGCUAACCCUCGCAUGGACCUCUGAGCGGUGUCAAGACUGAACACGAUGUUUUAUGGAUUAUCUUCCAUUGUAGUAGCGAGAGAUAUAUGUGGAUGGAACGCGGAGCGAGGUGGAGUACUGGACGGGUUACAGCAGUAGCCUAAAAACCGGGCGGCUGGGGGUUCCAUUCAACCAUGCUUUACUUCCAGCUGGUGAUCAUGGCUGGGACUGUCAUGUUGGCAUACUACUUUGAGUACACCGACACUUUCAACGUGCACGUCCAAGGGUUUUUCUGCUAUGACAAUGCCUACACCAAGCCCUACCAUGGACCCGAAGCGUCCAGCGCUGUUCCUCCUGUAAUACUUUACGCAGUGGUCUGCGGAUUGCCGUUGCUUUUGAUCACAGUCAUAGAGUCGGUGUUGUUUCUGCUUCAGUAUGUGUCAGAGGACCUGGACAACAGGGAGAAGAUCAUCGUCAUGGGAGACUGCUGCUACCUCAAUCCUCUGGUGCGCAGGACCUUCCGCUUCCUGGGUGUGUAUGCGUUCGGACUGUUCUCCACAGACAUCUUUGUAAACGCAGGCCAGGUUGUAACAGGAAACCUGUCCCCCCACUUCCUGACUGUGUGUAAGCCCAACUACACGGCCUUGGGCUGCAUGCAGACCGCCCGCUUCAUCAACCAAAAGGGGGUGUGCACGGGAAACGAGGACGAAAUCAUGCGCGCCCGCAAAUGCUUCCCCUCCAAAGAGGCGGCACUCAGUGUCUACGCCGCGCUCUACACAGCGAUGUACAUCACAUUAACAGUGAAGGCCAAGGGGACCAAGCUGGCCAAGCCUGUCCUAUCUCUGGGUCUCAUAUGUCUGGCGUUUCUCACGGGCAUCAACAGGGUGGUGGAGUACCGCAACCACUGGUGUGACGUCAUCGCCGGAUUCAUCAUCGGAGGGGCCAUAGCAGUCUUCAUGGUUCUAGGGGUGGUGCAGAACUUCAAAGGAAAGACCCUGCUGAACGAGAUCCCACCGGAGGAGAGAGUGGUCGGCAGUGUUCCUAUGAUGGGCCAGCCCCGCAUCAUGGACAACACCAUGGAGAAGUACAUAGCCUCACAGAAUUCUAAUACUUUCGCCGAGGUCACAUGACAAUGAAUGUGUCACCUGACACGCAGUUGGAUGUGGUUGCUGCUCACUGCCAUGGUCGCCAGAGGGCAACACAGAUCCUGAAGAUGAAAACUAUGUAUAACAGGGUUGUGGUCAGUUGCAUUUAGUGAAUUCUGGAAGUAAACUGAAAUUGCAAUUCAAUAAUUGAAAAAAGGCAUCUGUUUUCAAGACUUCUCAAUAAAAAAGUUGUUUUCCAUGAUUUUAUUUUAAAUUCAAAUCACUUCAAGAAUUGACUCAAAUUGACCCCAACCUUGAUCUAUACAGUAUGACCCGAUUUCCAAAUCAAACAUCCUUUAGUUUUACUUUUUUUUUUGCUCUCCAAUCAACAUGUUCCCUCCCUCAGUUCUUCACCUGACGAAUGGUGUUCAUUGAUCAUUGAUUUCCCAAAAAGUAUUCCUUAUUUGUAUAUACUAUAAGUUACUAUAUCAAACACGUCUCAUAUAUGUGUGUAUAUAUAUAUAUGUAUUGUACGGCAUUUUAAUUUUAUUUCCUUCAAUGUCAUUGAUCAUGAAUCCUAGCCAACUGCGUAAACGUGUAUAAUGUGUUUUCUAUCAUGGCUAUUUAUUACUUUUUAUGUGCUUGCUUGUGAAAGUGCAAUCCAAGCUGUAUCUUGUCAGAGCCAAUAUGUAUGGGCUUACUUCUGUCUAGAUUUUACCAACCAGACCUGAGAGAAUGAAAGAGCCAAAGAUCAUUGCCAUUUUAUAUAGGCUUUGGUAGUUUUUAGAGAAAUCCAUGAAUGAAUUGUGUCCCUCUUACGAUUAGCUCGAAAUACAUGGGCAUUUUGGUGUGCAACUAUGCGACUGUGUGUGCAUAUGUGCAUGGAGCCGUAAAAGUGUGUCCGUGUGUGUGUGCUUGACAAACCUUUGAACAUAAUUUUCCCUUGUGGAUUGAAGGAUGUUGCUUAGGGCUUGCCAGACAAUCAACAACCAUAAUAUGACCACGGUCAGGCAACAGAGC